CAAUUUUUGGACGCGGCCAAAAUAAUCAACAAAAUCGAGGAUUAAAACUAAAUUUACCCACAAAAUAUGGUAGUUUGCACGUACUUUCUCAACAACACUUGCAGAUUUGGAUCGAGAUGUAACAACGAGCAUAUCGAUAUUUGCGGACUGGUGAAAAAUGAAGUCGAAGUCACGCUCAAGGGAAAUCAGUGGCCGCUGUCCUGCUUUGGGCCCUUUAAAGACCGCAACUCGAUCCCCAACUUCAUCGAGGACCAAAGCUUCGAGGAGAUCCGGAUGAUGUACUUGGAGGCCAAAAUGCAGAACAACAUUCCGGCGCACCAAAUGCAGCUGGCGCAGAUGAUCAACGAUGCGAAGGGCAAGCUGCAACGGUUGGCCACGAUGAGCCGGGACAUUCUUGGUACACUGGUGGAACUGUACAACCAGCAGGAGCCUAGUACAAAGCCAACGGCAGGCGGCAACCCGUUUGCCUCGAUCGGAAGCUUCGGUGGAACAACGGGCGGAACGGCCACGUCGAGCAUUUUUGGGUCUGCACCCAGCGGAGGCACCUUUGGUGGUGGUGGUCCUGCUACCGGGGGUAGUAUUUUCGGUGGAGCAUUCGCUGGACAAGUUCCUCAGUCUACGGGCAGCAUAUUCGGCGGUUCUUCUGCCGCACCCACCGCAAACCCAUUUGCUGCGGCCCCCCAGCAGCAGCCCGUUGCUGGAGGAAGCAUUUUCGGAAUGGCUCAAACAACGCAACAACCAAGUAACAGCGUGUUCGGUGCUCCACCGGUAUUGGGAAGCGGAAUGGGGCUUUUCGGCAACGUACAGCAACCUGCACCGGCUACAGGGAACAUCUUCGCAGCCGUGGCGCAACCGGCCGCACCAACCGGGGCCAGCAUUUUCACCCAAACUCCCGCUCAGCAGACCGCCCCCAUUUUUGGCCAGCAGCAGCAGCAGCAGCAAGGCGACAUGUUCGCCAGUGUUGGCUUCAACUCAGCUCAACCUUUAUCGGGAGGAAGUUUGUUCAAUCCCGUUCCUUUCGGUUCCGCCCCAGCACCAUCUCCCUUCGGACAACCACAAGCUGCGGUUCCCACGAAUGCCACGGCGCAGAGCAUAUUUACACCGGCACCGACCGCUGCUCCGAAUCCCUUUGGUGCGUCCGUCGGUGGAUCCGUUUUUGGAGGGGUCGCACCAGCCCCCGGUCCCCAAUCGGCCACCAUGUACAGCAAGUUGGAGGAGGUUCCGGCCGAUUCCUUGGCCGCCUUCAACGCGGACCAGUUUCAGUUGGGAAGGAUUCCGACGAUGCCACCGCCCAAAGAAUUGUGCCACUGAUGGAGAGCGAGGAAAUUAAUAUUAAGAACGGAAAUAAAAACGAAUAUAUUUUAAACUCGA